AUGCAACCAAUAAUUCCCCCUUUAUCAAUUGGUUCAAUCUCAAAUAAUUUAAAUAAUAAUAAUAAUAAUAAUAAUAAUAAUAAUAAUAAUUACCUAGCAUCAUCUUCAUCAUCAUCAUCUUCAGCAGUUCCAACACCAACACUAAAAUUUUCAGUACCAAAAUUAAAUUUUAAUAAUGUAGAGCCAUCUAUAGAACAACAACAACAACAACAACAACAACAACAACAACAACAACAACAACAACAAAAAUCUCAACCUCAUACACCUCACCAACAACUACAUCCAAGUACUCCACAUCAACAAACGCCACAACAACUUCAACCACCACAACCACCAAGUUUAAAUAGUAGUAGCAGUAGUAUUGGUAGUGGUAGUGGAGGUGGUAGUGGUCUUGGUUUAAAUAAUUUACAUCAUACUAAUAGUAAUAGUAAUAUUAGUGGAGGAGGUGGUGGUGGUGGAGGUGGUGGUGGCGGACAUCACCAUACAUCAUCAUCUGGUCAUAGUAUUUUAACACCAAGAACAUUACAAUAUUAUCUUGGUUUAAAAAAUCUUUUUUCUUCAACACCACGUGGUAGUCUUGGAUUAAGUCCUCGCGGUAGUCCUCGUGGUGGUAAUAAUAAUGUUUGUAGUAUUCAAAGUUUACCAUAUCAAGUUUUAGAAGAUAUAUUUUAUCUUGUUAUUGAUUCAUUAUUACCAUCAUUAUUGUAUACUGAUUUAUGUACAGUUUCAAAACAUUUUCAAAAAGUAAUUGAAUCAAUGAGAGGAUUCGCAUUAAUAAUUGGUAUUAGUGACUCACAAUCUCGUUUCACGAUUCAAUGGUAUAAAAAACAUUAUAAACAAAUAAAUAAAAUCAAAUUUGUAAAUAACUUUUUCAGAAAUAAUAAUUCAAACAUUUCAAAUCAAUUCCUUCAAAUUUUCAAUUCAAUUGAUCAUGAUCCAUCAAUUGAUUUAUCAAAUCAAAUAAUUUCAAAACCAUUAUUAGAUACUUUAUCAAAGAAAUUACAAUUAAAUAAUUAUAUGUUUGAAUUAAAUUUAUCAAAUUCUAAAAUAAAUUUAAAUUGUAAUAAUAAUAAUAAUAACAAUAGUAAUAAUAUAAAUGAAAAUAAACAAAUUGUAAAUAAUAAUAAUAAUAAUUUUAAAUUUGAAAUUAAUCAAUUUUUAAUUGGUUUAUCAUUAAAUUCAUCAAUUGAAAUUUUAGAUUUAAAUAAUUCAGAUUUAAUUAAAUUGAUUAGUUUACUUGAAUUGGAUGCAAGUUGUUUUUGGGGUAGUGAAGAUAUUAAUAAUCAUUCAAUAGUUUACUUGGAUUUAGGUAAUUUAAAUCUUGGUUUAGAAAUGUCAAAACAGUUAUCAUUUAUGUUGAAAUCAAAUACUACUAUUAAAACUUUAAUUUAUAAUAAUAAUGGUGGUGGUAUUAAUAAUGGUUUACAUAUUGUUUUGAAAUCAUUAAUUAAAGAUAAUAGAACAUUAACAAGUUUAAAUAUUUCUGAAUGUAAAGCAUUUGAAACUCAAGAAAAUAUUGACACGAUUGCAUCAGUUUUAAAAUUUAAUAAUAAAUUAAAGUAUUUAGAUAUCAGUAAAAAUUCAUUCAAUAUUUUACCUAAUUCUUCAACAAUAUUCUUUAAUUCUCUAUCUUUAAAUUAUGGUUUACAGUUUUUAAAUUUAUCAUGUACUUCACCAACUGGUGCUGAUAAAUUCUUAUUUCCAAACAUUUUUAAAUAUUAUCAACAAAAACAAAUUGAAUCUUCAUCAUCAUCAUCAUCAUCAUCAUCAUCGUCAUCAUCAAUUUUAAAAUCAUUAAUAGUUUCACAUAAUUAUCCAUUCCCAGAACCAAUUUUAUAUAAUAGAAUUGAUUUUCUUUCAUUUGGUAAUAGUGCUAAUUUCAAUAUAACAGAAUUGGAUAUAUCAGAUUUAAGAUUAAGUGAUUCAAAGUUUAUACCGAUAAUUGAAUCAUUGAAUAGAAAUCAAAAGGGUAAUUUAGUUAGAUUGAAUAUUUCAAUUAAUAGAUUACGUCAACCAUCAGCUGAAAAGAUUGCACAAUUUUUACAAGAUAAUAAUAAAUUGGUUGAAAUUAAUGUUGGUUUCAAUUUCUUAAGAGAAGGAGUUUCAAAAAUUUGUGACUCGUUACAUAAUAAUCAAUCAUUACGUUCUAUAAAUUUUUAUGCUACUCAAAUUAAAACUAAAGAAGCAAAAAGUGUUGCAAAAUUGUUAUCGUUAAAUAAGAAUAUCACUGAAUUGGAUGUUGGUUUAAAUAUUGAAAUAUCACCAAUACUAAAUUGUCUAGAAAAUAAUUCAAUCUCAAUUCGUUCUCUAAAUAUAUGUCAUACAUCUUUAAAAUCAUCUUUUGUUAGAAUGAUUCAAAGAAAUCAAACUUUAACUCAUUUAGACGUUUCAAAUUCUUCUUUUCCAAAUUGGAAAUCAAUGUCUAUCAUUAAUUCUUUAAUUAAAAAUAAAAUAAUUUCAAAAUUUAAUUUUUCAAUUGAUCAAAUUUCAAUUAAUAAUAAUAUUAAUGAAAAUAAUGAAAAUAAUGAAAAUAAUAAUAAUAAUAAUAAUAAUGAAAGUAAUAAUAAUAAUAAUAAUAAUAAUAAUAAUAAUAAUAAUAAUAAUAAUAAUAAUAAUAAUAAUAAUAAUAAUAAUAAUAAUAAUAAUAAUAAUAAUAACACUACAAAUCUAUUAUCAGAAAAUAAUACUGACGAAAUUCAUAAUUUAAUUGUCAAUAAUUUAAAUAAUUUUAAUAUUGAUCAAAAUAAUAAUAAUGAUAAUAAUAAUAUUAAUAAUAAUAGUAAUAAUAAUAAUAAUAAUAAUAAUAAUAAUAAUAAUAAUAAUAAUAAUAAUAAUAAUAAUAAUAAUAAUAAUAAUAAUAAUAAUAAUAAUAAUAAUAAUAAUAAUAAUAAUGGUUCAAAUAGAAGUAGUGGAAGUAAUUUAAUUUUUUCAAAAUCUAAAAAGAUAGAAUUACGAGUUAUGCCUAUCAAAUUAUAUUAUUUUAAAUAA